AUGGUGGUACAUGUCGAACAUUGGCAAGUGGUCGAUUUUACUGUUUCUGCACAGACGAAUAUUAUGGAAACUAUUGUGAAAAAGUUCAGCGGUUCUGGUGCCAAUAGUCGACUACGUAAAGAUCAUUGUGCAAGGUCUCCCUGUCAAAAUGGAGGUGACUGUGUUUCAUUAAAUACAACAUAUUAUUGCCGUUGUAAAAUACCUUAUUAUGGAAUUAAUUGUAAUAAGCAUUUAUCAAAACGUGAAGAAAUUGUUGAUGAAUCCAACUCAUCCGAACAGGAAUUCAAUAUAAAUGAAGAUGAUUUAGAAAGACAUUUAAAACAAGUUAUGGCUUCAGAAGGUAUAAUGGAUAUUAUAGAAUAG